AAGGCACAUCUGUAGUGCAUCUGUGGUGCGAUGGGGACCAUUUGAUACGUGCCGGGUGUUACUUGCGAAGAUACUGUUGGUUUCCAAUAUACGGCGUGCGUUAAAGCCAUUAACCGUUCCAGCUUUGGCCGAGGGAGUGCAGUGCGUCUGUUGCAGAUAUCCACGCGUUGAAUCUUGCUGUGGAUAGCAGUUGCAUAGGCAACAAGCCAUGUCUGAUAAAAGUAAAAGGAUCAUCGAAAUUGCCAGUCUUCCUGGCAAUGAAAAAUGUGCUGACUGUAAGGGGCCAAAUGUGGAGUACGCGUCGCACAACCUGGGCGUGUUCCUGUGCACGCGCUGCGUGGCUGUGCACCGGCAGAUGGGCACGCACAUAUCGCAGACCAAACACCUCAAGCACGACAGGUGGACAGACGACGGCCAGCUGGCGUUCAUGGCCGAGAACGGCAACACGCUGGUGAACGCCCACUACGAGCAGCACGUGCCUGACUGCUACCGCCGGCCGGACUGCCUCGCGCCCAACGUGCUGCUGGAGCAGUUCAUCCGCGCCAAGUACGAGCGGAUGGAGUUCGUCUACCCGGACCGCCAGGUGGCCUACACCACCUCCACCAAGACCGGCUCGCUGUUCAAGCGUGGCCGCGACAGCUCCAAGUUCGAGAUCCGCACUUUCGUGCUCUCGGAGUCGCAGAACGUGCUCUCGUACCACGUCAAGGCGGGCAAGGACCCCAAGCUGACGAUGAUGCUGAACUCGCUGAACGUGGCGUUCGUGCCGGACAAGGUCGGCCACCCGAACGGCAUGCAGAUCACAUACGUCUCGGACGGGAGCAUCCGACAUAUCUACGUGUACCAUAAUGACGGCCAGACGGUGGUGGAUUGGUACAACGCCAUACGGAAUGCCAAGCUCAACAAUCUGCUGGUGGCCUUCCCCGGCACGUCGGUGGCCGAGCUGCGGUCGGGCCUGACGCACGACUUCGCCCUGGAGGGCUGGCUGUACAAGAUCGGGCCGCGCGCCGGCGACCAGUACCGGCGCCGCUGGUUCACGCUGGACGGCCGCAAGCUGAUGUACCACGACGGACCGCUGGACCCGGUGCCCAAGGGCGCCAUCCCCAUCGGCGACAGCAGCGACUACAUGGUGCGACUGAACGUGCCGCCCGGCUCCAAGGACCACGGCUUCUCCUUCACCCUGCGCACGCCGGAGCGGACGUACCUGUUCUCGGCGCAGUCGGACGAGGAGCGCCGAGCCUGGAUGGGCGUGCUGAACGGCCUGCUGGAGCAGCCGCGCACGCCGCAGGACUGCGCCUUGGCUGCCUGCCUCCGGAGGAAACAGAGCGGCAGCCGUCGCGGCCUGAGCCGCAGCACGGCCGAUGGUCUGGACACGCUGGCAGGCCGCACGGCGAGCAGCGCCACCCCCGACGGUCGGCUGUCUGCUCUGGGCCUCUCCAAAUCCGCCAGCGACCUGUCCCGCACGUGAUCGGCGGGCCCCGGGCCUCUCCAAGUCCGUCAGUGGUUUGUCCCGCACGUGAUCGGCGGGCCCCGGUCUUCUCCAACUCGUCAACACAAUGCACCGUUCGCCGCCUUGAUCUCUCUUCAGGCGUCAGCCAGCUCCACGUGAGGUUGCUCCGGUCAGUGCGAUAAAGGCUUCCUUCGGUGGAC